UCAAACACCACAACAUCGCAGUAUGCUUUGGGAUGCUACACACCCGUCCCCCAAGCGGCUGGGAACAAAUCUGUCACACCACAAGCUCUGUGACACCGAACUCGAAGGGAAGCACACCUUUCGCAAUGAACUAUCUGCUUCACUGUCAGCGAAGUCCCGGUGCGGUCAUACCCAUCCCGCCGGAGCUCGAGGAGCUGAUGCAGGACAUUAGCCGCGAGGUGCUGCGCAGCCAGCCCCCGAACGUGAUCACCUUCCUGGCGGACUACCUGGAGGAGAAGCUGGCCCGGCGCGAGAAUCGGCGCGUCGCGGAGAAGAUUGUCGACAACGUGCUGGACAUAAGCCUGGACAUCGUGGCGAUGCUGGAAGCGGUCGGCAUUGAUUCGACGCGGGCCGAGGAGGCGGUAAAGCGCAUCCGCGAAGCGUUCCACCACCAUUUCGAGACGAAGCCGGACAACGAGCGGUUGCGCGAAACGUUCCGGGAGCGUGACGUGCUGGAGCGGCUGGUCCGGGAGUGCCACUUUACCGAGCGGGAAGCACGCAAAGCGUCGCGCAUUAUCGAGCAAGCGUACCGGACGUACUACUUCCGCAAUGCGUACAAGCAGCAGCAUCAGGCCGCCGGUACGGAUAAGGACUGGCGGCAGGCCGCCAAGCAUACGCUCGGGCUGUACGCACAGACCGGUCCAACCAGGGAGGAGAUGGAAGUGGCAGCGCGGCGUAUUCAAGUGGCCUAUCGGGCGUACUAUACGCGCCGGCGGCAGGAGCUGGACCGGAGCGCCAAGAUCAUCCAGCAGGCCGUACGGACGCACCAACGGCGCCGCCUGGAGGAGGCUGCCCUGGCCGGUGUACCUUCUGUCCUUAUCGCGCAGGAAAUUGUGGGCGAACCUGUUGGAGAGCAGUACACACCUUCGGAGGAUAUUCGCCAUUUGAUCAACGUUUCCCUUGGAUGCUCCGAAGAUGCUCCCGGGCAACAAAUGCGCCGACAGGCGACACCACCUGAACUGACCACCGACGAAGCAGCCACCAUGAUCCAAUCGGUGUUCCGUGGCCAUCAAGCACGAAAACAGAUCGUCCCCAAUGCUGCUGCAGCGGACGCAACCUCCCAGCUGGACCCGGACCAAGCUGCCACACUGCUCCAAUCUACCGUCCGGGGACAUCUGGCCCGCAAGCACGCCGGGGAAGAAAAAGUCAAACAUCAAAUGGCCACCAUGCUGCAGUCUCAUGCCCGCGGUCAUCUGGCCCGCAAGCGACUGCCGCGGAACGGGCCACCCGACGGUACGAACCCGACGGAAUGAUCGUCCUCCUCUCGAAUGUGCCACCGUUCCCGGAAGCCAUUCCACGGUGUACUUUCUCACGCUCGUUUGCACCAUGUAGUUGGCUGACAGCUGAGGCUGCGCGACACUUUCCAGCACCGUCAAAAUUUAAUUAAUUAAACCAUCCUUCGCCCCUCUGCGGACACGGGCGUUAUGCUA